AGCUGAUCCUCGGAUAGAAACACGGCUGACAGGAGGAGGAAAAAAAGUUCAUUUUGGUGCUCAGAUACGAUGUUUACUAGACGAAAGAAUGAAAACAAGGUCUUUUUUUUCCUUUCACCUAACUAUUUUGACGCUUUUCAUUGGCUCCCUCGUGCUGUCAGUCAGAUGUGGGCGGUGUCAUCCGACAAAUGAUAGUUCCAGUAAGUCCUCACAUGCUGAACAGCUCAGAGAGUCAACAGGCUGUCCGGGGCGCAGACGGAACAUCACUACGACUGGAUAACAACAACACACCGACGGCUCGACACACUGUGGACACUCAGACAACUUCUUCUCCUCAUGACAUGCCUUUUUACGAACACACUUUUUAUUGUUGUUAACACAGAUUCGUACCGGCUUGGGAUGUGACUGUCAGUGCAGACUUUGCGCCCAGGCGGAGCUCUGUUUUUCCCGGACACAUUUAUCGCGUGUGCGCGCACAUUUGAGAGGCGAAGUUGCCGCUUUAGAGGGGCGACAGGCUCGUCACUUUUGCGUGACAUUGUAACACUUUGCUCCGUCACCUCUCGACCAUGGCGGAAGCGGCCCAGCAGCCACACCUGGUGGAGAUCGACCCGGAUUUUGAGCCCCUGUCGCGGCCGCGGUCGUGCACUUGGCCCCUGCCCCGGCCGGAGUUCAUCAACCCGGGCGACUCCAACACGUCCUCGCCGGUGUCGUCCGUGAAGCAGGAGCCCGCCGGCAACAGCGACUUCAUCAACAACCUCAGCCUGCUGGAGGAGACCGAGGACUUCACGGAGCAGAAGCCUGUCAUCCUGUGCACUGAUUUCCAGUGUCAGGAGAACUGCGUCCACCAGCAACCUCCACAGCAGCAACAUCAGCAGCAACAUCAGCAGCAGCAGCAGCACCAGAACCCGCAACUCCCGCAUCACCACCAUCAGCAGCAGCCGCAGCAGCAGCAGCAGCAGCAGCAGGUGCCUCUGCUCUCCUCCCCGGUGGGCACUGCGUCCUCGGCGGCCGCAGCUGCCGCCGCUGCCCAGAGAAAGAGCAGCUCCUCCCGGCGAAACGCGUGGGGGAAUAUGUCAUAUGCAGACCUCAUAACCAAAGCUAUCGAAAGUUCUCCUGAGAGCCGACUCACUCUGUCUCAGAUUUAUGACUGGAUGGUGAAGAGUGUGCCUUAUUUCAAGGACAAGGGGGACAGCAACAGCUCUGCAGGCUGGAAGAACUCCAUUAGACACAAUCUGUCGCUGCACAGCCGCUUUGUUCGUGUCCAGAAUGAGGGGACGGGAAAGAGCUCGUGGUGGAUGCUAAACCCGGAGGGCGGGAAAAGUGGCAAGUCCCCACGCCGCAGGGCAGCCUCCAUGGACAACAACAGCAAGUUCACCAAGAGCAGAGGGAGAGCGGCUAAGAAGAAGCUGUCCCUGCAGGGCGGCCCUGACGGAGGUGCAGACAGCCCGGGUUCCUACUCCAAGUGGCCUGGCAGCCCAAACUCCCACAGCAACGAUGACUUUGAUGCGUGGAACAGCUUCAGGCCACGGACCAGCUCCAACGCCAGCACUCUGAGUGGCCGCCUCUCCCCCUUCAUGCCCGAGGACGACCUCGGGGAGGCCGACGUGCAUAUGGGCUACCCAGGAGCCCCUGGGGCCAAGAUGACAGCCACGCUGCCCAGUCUGACAGAGAUGACGGGCUCUCUGGGACACAGUUCUGAGAACGUCAUGGAGAACCUUCUGGACAACCUGAACUUGCUCUCGCCCAACAACUCUCAGGUCGGAGGAGGGGCCACGACCCCCGGCUCCUCCCAGUCCUCCCCCUCUCCUAUGAUGCAGCCGAGCCCCGGCUACCCGGCCUACAGCUCCCCCAGCAUGGUCUCACAGCCUCAGCAGGAGUACCGCAAGUGCGUGUACGGCCAAGCAGGAAUGAACACGCUGUCGUCCAUGCCGCUGCAGAGCCUGCCAGAGAGUAAGCCCAGCUUCGGGCCCACGAUGGGCCAGUACAGCUGCCCAGCAGGGCUUCUGAAGGAGCUGCUGACGACAGAUACAGACCAGCACGGCGAUCUGAUGCCGUCAGUGGACACUGUGGUGUCUCAGUCCAGCGGAAGCUGCAUGCUGCCACCGUACAGCAGCACCCAGCAUGCAGCCAAACUAAUGGGUGGAGGGAACGGUCACCCACACAGUCUCUCUCACACUCACUCCCACAAUGUGCACAGCCAAGCCCCGGCCACGUCACCAGCUAUGAACGGCCGCUUGCUUAUGCCCCUGAGCCACAGCGGGGGGGCCGCACGUUUACCUACAGCCAAAAGCCCCAUGCAGAUGCCUUAUGGCCUCUCCAGCCACCUCAGUGGCGGAGGCAUGCCUGGUGUCUUCUGCCCCAUCAACACCAACGGAUACGGCCGGCCAGGCCUGCCACAGCCCUUGCAUCAGGAGAAGCUGCCCAGCGACCUGGACGACAUGUCUAUCGAGAAGUUUGAGUUUGACAUGGAGACGGUCCUCCAUGACACUCUGAUGGACGGCGACUCCCUGGACUUCAACUUUGAGCCAAUGGUGACCCAGCAAGGUUUCCCCCACGGAGUGAAGACCACCACACACAGCUGGGUGUCUGGGUAGAAACAGGCUGCUCAACUGACUUGUUGCUGUUUGGUCAAAGACACAAUCAGAACUCAUCUGAGACAAAGUGCAUCUGAGGAUGUUUAAACCUCAGCUUCACCUACAGUUUCUAUACCGUCAACAUUUCUGUUUCAAAAAUACUUUUCUGGUCACUUCAGGAGACUGAAACUGGUCACGAUCUGCUGAGAAAGCAUCUCCAUUAGUUUCUCUGAACUGGUGAAGAUGAAAUCAGACUUAUUUUUGAAAUAUCAGAUAUUCUGUACAAACUAAGUGCCAAACAUUUUGCCUUAACGUAAGAGCCAAACUGAAACACACCUCUCUGGUUUACUCAUCAAGGUUACAGAUAGCAGCAGCACAAUCUGUGCUCAAAGUGCUCACACUCAAGCUGUUUACUGUGUCUCCACAAUCAAACUUUUUGUAUGUGCAGCGUAGUGAUAAUCGAUCACCACUACGUCUGACGGCAUGAAGGUAAUCUGGCUCAUGGGUUUGUGAACUGACAUGACAUUGAGUGACUUCUCAAGGGAUCCUCGGAUGAUGUUACAUAAUAACUCACUCUGUUAUUGCCUGAAUGUACAUAGUGUCACCAUACAGUUUGUAAAAUCAGGUCUCAUAGUGUAUUUUCUAAGACUGUAAAUAGUGUUUACAGAGCGGAAGCAAAAAUCAAGGCAGCAGAAAUGAGCUCACAGAGAAAACUGGAUCAGAUUCUUUUAAACACGUGUUGAGUGGAGGAUUCUUUUCAGUCAGCCUGUAAAGUGGUAACACACGUUGUGAUUUUCUUGUACAUACGUUAAGAAUGUAUAUUAACGUAGAUGUUUACUAGAUGUAGUAUAUAUUUGAGACCUAAAUUAUUUGUGGUUAAUAUAGAUUUAUGCUGGUGCGUAACCUGCACUCAGACAUCAGUUUGUUCUGAGUCAUUCGUCACUCUGAACCUUAAUACCACAGGGGCCUAUUUAUUGUGCCUAACAUAGUAGAUAUCGACUGCAGGCUUGAAGGGUUUUAUAUUGUAAAUGUCUACGGUCCAGAAGAUGCUCAAAUCUUGCGGUCUUGAAGAAUUCUUUGUUUUCAGUUUCCUGCUUUUUACUUCUUUUACAAGUCAAGAAGAGACGAGUUAAUGUUAAAGUUUUCCUGAACCCAUCGCAGAGCUGUGAAUGUUACGAGGUCGAGGCAGGUUGGUGGAGAAAAAGAUUUCCUCAGUGCUACUGUUGUUUUCACAACAAGGCCCCAUCCAAGACCGGUCAGAGGUUGUCAUUAAACUCACUGUGAGUAGCCAGCCUGUCCCCUGUUCAAUUCCACAUAUUUUCUUCUUCACUAUCUCUGUCCCGAAAGGUUAGUGUGACUGAUUUAAAUCAGUACAGUGUGAUUCGACCGAGCCCUUCGAUGCUGUCAACAGGAUCAGCUUCACUGCUUUUGAUGAGACUCCACUCUGCCCCUCCUACCUCCACCUAUCUCUGUGUCUUUGUAACAGUUUGAUAUAAUGGUGACUUGAUAACUCCAAUCAUCUUUUAAAUAACAAGUCUGUUUUAAUUGUUUUUUAUUUUUUUUUAAAGUCGCCCCUGAAAAGCGCCACUAAGUGUUAACUAUCUUAUCUUUUCGCUUGUAUAUUUGCAUUUUCCGACUUGUUUUUCUCACUUAUUGCUGUACUAACAACGAGCUUUGUCAGCCUCCCAGUGACUUAUUGUGCAGACUCACAAACGGUGUACGUUUUGUGCAAGGUUGUCGCUCCCUUUGUGAAGAUGGUGUCCUUAAACACGAAGUCAACUGGUUCGCUGGGUCAGAGAUAACAAACUAAAACUGAAAACUGCCUAUUUGAAAUCAGAGGAAACGUUCACCUAAAAAUGAGAUCUCAGUCAUCGUGUGCUCGCCCUUUCAUAGUGGUGGAAAGUCGCUUCACAGCAAAACAGCAUUGCAGCAUCUUCUGAUCAACUGAAGUAGAUGGGGAAUAGUUUUAAAAUGCAGAAGAAACAACAACAACAACAACAAAAACAUAAAAUGGCUCUGUACGACUCGUUUGGCGUAUUUCAAGUUUCUGGAUUAGUUUAAGAAGACAUUAUUUACACACUGUUAGCCGUGCUAACACUCUUAGCUUAGCUGCUACAGUGAAGAUUCCAUCAUAAAAAUGUGUGACUCAGUAAUGUCUUUCCAGAUCAAUUUGGGAUCUCGGGGCAUCCAGAGACUUGGAUUAUGCUAGGCAGGCCUAUAUGGAGCCAUUCUAAGGUUUUCAGGUUUUUUUUUUAUUUUUGUCAGUAGUUUUUUUAAACGAGUCUCUGUCUACUUCAGCUGUUGAGGAGAAUUCAGCAACACCGAGCUGUCGAGAAGCUCCACGAAUGUUUGCGUGAGUGGGAAAUGACUAAAUUGUUAUUUUUGGGUGAACCUUUCCUUUCUAAAGAGUAAAAUGACUUUCUUAAUGUUUCGAAAGGCCGUGCAGAGAAACCAUUAAAGAAGCUGCUGUUUGGCUUUGGUGCCAGGUGUUGCCUUUUCUUACCCAAACAUGCCAUAGUGUACUAUAGCCAAAUUUGCCUUGGAAGUUAAAGUGAUAUAUUUAGCAUUUUUAUCAUGUGAUAUGUUCAGAAUUAUAUAUAUAUUCGUGCCGGUCACUCAAGUCAGGAUAAACUGUAAUGAAUCCAUGUAGUCAGUGUCACAGGGUUCACUCUAAAAAAGUAAAAGAGCUGUACUAAGUAAAUUAUAUCUCUACAUUUUUAAAUGAUUGAAUCUAUGCAUUGUAUUCCUUAAUUUUAUGUUGCUAUUGUUAUAUUUUCCUUUUCCUUUGAACUUAUGACAGAGAUAUUUUAUUGUAACAUAGCGCUGUGAGAUAUUAUGGUGUCGUUCGUGUCUAAACUCUAUGUUCCAGAUAGUUAUAUGGGGAAAAAAAAUGAAGUUUAUUUAGAAAAUAGAUGAUGCAGUGAUUAAUAUGCUAAGCUUUUGUAAACUGACAAUGUCGUAUUUCUUGUAUUUAGCUACAGUUUUUAGAAAAAUAGCAUCAAAAAGCAAAUUACUGACAAAAAAGUAAAGAGAUGUUGCAUUUUUAAAAUGAAAAAAAAACACACACACACAAUAUUCAGUCCUGCUCUGGACGCAGAUUCUGGACCAUUUUUUUGUAAUUUUAUGAGUGUAAAGAAAUUGCACUUUUACUUACAUUUUAUAGCAAAGUGCUCCUCCUAACAAGAGGAAGAGUUCCCAUUACAUAUUUUAAAAUAAAAAAAAAUCUGUUACAUUUAACUUAUAUACAGGAAUAAAUUGGACUUGUGCUUUGUGAUUUGCAAUCAAUAAGAAUAUGUAACUUGUUUAAUAUUAAUGUAUUAAGACCUGAAUAAAUGUACUUCUGUGUUA